AUGGUCCUCGAGAACUUCAAGUCGUACGCGGGCGUGCAGCGCGUAGGACCGUUCCACAAGUGCUUCUCGUCGGUCGUCGGCCCCAACGGCAGCGGCAAGAGCAACGUGAUCGACGCCAUGCUCUUCGUCUUCGGGAAACGCGCGAAGCAGGAUGACGAGAAGUACGAGUCUGUGCCAGGAUCGGAGUUCGUUAUAUCGCGUACGGCGUACCGCAACAACACGUCCAAGUACCACGUGGACGACCACGCGAGCACGUUCACGGAGGUGACGAGGCUGCUCAAGGCCAAGGGGGUGGACCUCGACAACAACCGCUUCCUCAUCCUGCAGGGCGAGGUGGAGCAGAUCGCGAUGAUGAAGCCCAAGGCGCAGGGCCCGCACGACGAGGGGCUGCUGGAGUACCUGGAGGACAUCAUCGGCUCCAACCAGUACAUCGACCAGAUCGACGCCGGCGCCAAACAAAUCGUGCGGUUUGGCAGUGGCAAUGCGCCGACGGAUGUUGACUCGUGCGUGUGGUGCGGGUGGGUUGACGUGUGCAGGCUGGAGGAGCUGAACGAGCGGCGCGUGGGGCUGGUGGAGCGAGUGAAGCACGCGGAGAAGGACAAGGACACGCUGGAGGAGGCGAAGCGGGCGGCGGAGGCGUACAUGGUGAAGGAGGCGCAGUGCGCGCAGUGGGGCAUGGUGGGGCGCGCGCUGGCGCUGAGAGAGUCGCAGGGCAAGGCGGGCGCGCUGGGCGCCAAGGUGGCGGAGCUGGAGGGCACGCUGACGGCGGAGAAGGAGAAGUGCGCAGGACUGCGGGAGGAGCUGCAGGUGAAGACAGACGCGUGCGAGAAGUGCAACACGGAGUAUGAGGCGCUGUGCGGGGAGCUGGAGGCGGCUCGGGCGGACUUCAAGGAGUACGAGCGCAAGGACGUGAAGAUGCGCGAAGACCUCAAACACUGCAAGGCGCGCCUCAAGAAGCUCGCCGAUAAGAUCGCCAAGGACACAGCCAAGGCGGAGGAGGUGGAGAAGGCAGCAGCGGCGGCGGAAACGGCCAUCCCCGAGCUGGAAAAGAAGGCAGCCGCGCUGGCACCGCGGCUGGCAGAGGCGGAGAAGAAGCUGGAGAGCAUCCAGGAGCACGUCCGAGGUGCGUGCUAUGACCCGCGUUCAACCUUCCUCCUCUCCCUUCCCCCUGCAGCCCCUGUGACUAACAGCCACCUGUCUGAACUUGUUUUGGUGAUGUGUGUGGCAGUGGAGGUGGAGCGGCAGCAGCAGCAGCUGGGCCCGCUGCAGGAGCAGCUGGCGCCGUGGGAGGAGAAGGCGAGCGCCGCCAAGGCCAAGGCUGACGUCACCCGCACCAAGCUGAGCCUCAUCCGAGACAAGCACGCGGCCGCCGAGAAGCAGCUGGAGGCGGUGCGGAAGGCGAUAGAGGAGCGCGAGGAGGGGCGGAAGCAGAAGCAGGAGCAGCUGAAGCGCAUGGAGGCGGCUGUGAGGGAGAGCGAGGCGGUGGCGGCUGCUAGCGCCAAGGAGGAAGAGACGAAGGCGGAGGAGGAGGCAGCGGCGCGCGCAGAGGCGGAGGCGGCGCAGGGACGCGCGGCGGAGAUGAAGGAGGCGGCCGCUGCGCAUCGCAGCAGCAGCGCCAUCCUGACGGCGCUGCUGCAUGCGAAGCGGGACGGCAGCAUUCCCGGGAUCUUCGGCCGCCUGGGCGACCUGGGCGCCAUCGAUGGCAAGUACGACGUGGCGAUAUCAACGGCGUGCGGUGCACUGGAGUACAUAGUGGUGGACAACAUCGAGACCGCACAGGCGUGCACGGCGCUGCUGAGGGAGCGGCAGCUGGGCGUGCAGACCUUCCUCGCCCUGGACAAGCAGCAGCACCUGGUGCGGGACAUGUCAGAGAAGGUGAGCACGCCGGAGGGCGUGCCGCGGCUGUUCGACCUGGUGCAAGUGCAGGACGCGCGCCUGCUGCCCGCCUUCUGGUUCGCCCUGCGCAACACGCUCGUCGCCGCCUCCCUGGACCAGGCCUCGCGCAUCGCGUACGGCGCGGACGCGCGGUUCAGGCGGGUGGUGACGCUGGCGGGGGAGAUGUUCGAGUCCAGCGGCACCAUGGCAGGCGGGGGGGGGCGCCCCCGCGGCGGCCGCAUGGGCAGCUCGCUCAAGGCGGCGGCGGCAGCGGCAAGCGGGGGAGUGACGAGGGAGAUGGUGGAGGAGGCGGAGAGAGAGGUGGCGCACGUGGUGGCGCGGCUGGAGCGAGCGCGGGAGGAGAGGCGCGCGGCUGUGGCUAGGAGAGAGGAGGCGGAGAGGGUGUUGAGGCGGCUGGGAAUGGACAUUCCCAAGGUCCAGAUGGAGAUCGAGUCCCUGGCAGCGCAGGUGGGCGAGCUGCAGCAGCGCGUGCAGGGGCUGCAGGCGGCGGCCGUGACGAGCGCGGAGGAGGAGAGGCAGAUGGGCGUGUUGCAGCAGCAGCUGGCGGGCGAGGAGAGCGACGAGGCGCGCAUUCAGGAGGAAAUGGCGCCGCUAGUGGCGGCGGUGGCGCGCGUGCAGCAGGCCAUCACUGAUGCCGGCAGGGAGGCGCUGGGCGAGCAGAAGGACCACGUGGCCGCCAUCCAGAAGGCCAUAGACGAGGCGCAGACGGGCAUCAACCAGAGCCGUGUGACGGUGGCCUCGAGCAACCGCACCCUGGAGAAGCUGAGGAAGGCGGUGGGGGAGGCGGAGGAGGAGAGGGCGAAGGCGGAGGAGGAGAUGACACGGAAGAAGGAGGAGAUGAACGCCGUCAUGCAGGAGGCCUUUGCUGUCAACGACAACUACGAGCGCCUCCGCCAGUUGGUGGAGGGCAAGAAGGAGGAGUAUGGCGGCAUGAAGAAGGAGUUCCUGGCCAUCAAGGCACAGCUCGACAAGAUGCGCACCGGGGAGGUGGAUGUGGAAUUGAAGCUGGAAGAUGCGAGGAAGGCGCUGAGGACGAGUCAGGAGACGGCUCGCCUGCAGAGGGAGAAGCUGAGGGCGCUGGGCGCGCAGCUGAGGCAGCACAUCGCACAGAUGCAAGCGGAGGGCAUUGCAGAGGAGGACGCGGAGGCUGCUGGGCUGCCGUGGGACCUGCGGGAGGAGGAAGGGGAGAGGCAGGGCAGGGCACGACCGGCAGCAGCAGGCACAGCAGAAAGAGGAAGCCAAGGGGAGGAUGAGGAGAUGGAGGGCGAUGAAGCUGCAGAGCACAGGGAGGGAGGUGUGGGUGAGGUGGGGGUGGCAGAUGGGGGGGAUGGUGAGCUGGAGAAGCUGCAGGCCCGCUUGUGUGGUAACCUUGUGCGUGUGGUUACGAGUCGGGAGGAGGCAGCAGCAGGGGAGCAGCGGCUGCGAGCAGAGCUGGAGGCACUCAAGGGGAACCUCAACCUGAGCUCCAUCGCAGAGUACCGCAAGAAGGAGGCGGUGUAUUCACAGAGGCUGGGCGAGCUGGAGGCGGUGACAGCGGAGCGCGACAGCGUGCGGGUGGCACAGGAGGAGGUGAAGCGGCGGCGGCUGGACGAGUUCAUGGCGGGGUUUGACACGAUCACGAUGCGGCUCAAGGAGAUGUACCAGAUGAUCACGCUGGGCGGCGAUGCUGAGCUGGAGCUGGUGGACUCACUGGACCCGUUCAGCGAGGGCAUUGUGUUCUCCGUGCGCCCGCCCAAGAAGAGCUGGAAGAACAUCUGCAACCUCUCGGGUGGGGAGAAGACACUGAGCUCGCUGGCGCUGGUGUUCGCGCUGCACCACUACAAGCCCACGCCCCUCUACGUCAUGGAUGAGAUCGACGCCGCUCUCGACUUCAAAAACGUGUCCAUAGUGGCGCAUUACAUCAAGGAGCGCACUAAGAACGCCCAGUUCGUCAUCAUCAGCCUGCGCAACAACAUGUUUGAGCUGGCGGACCAUCUCGUUGGGAUAUACAAGACACACAACUGCACCAAGAGCAUCACUAUCAACCCACGUAGCUUUGCACCUAUAGCCGUUGGCGCGACCAUGGCUUCUGAGGAUCUGCCUCGUGGCUCCGUAGCGGUCAUGUCGGAGGUGGAGGUCAUGUUCGCUUUCCUUGCCUACGCCGUUCCAAUAGUGGCGAUGAUCUCGUACCACAAACGCAGCACCCAGUGGUACCACAACCACAUGGCUGCAGCAUUCGGUCCUGACUGGAGAAACCACUCGCCAGUGGCUGGUCUGCGAGCAGCCAAUGAGGAGGCAACACAAAGCAAGAGGCUCCCGAGCUUGCCAGAGCACCCAGAGGAAGAGCAAGAGGAGAAAGAGCAGCAGGAGAGUGCAGGGGAGGGAGAAGGGGUUGACAAGAAGUCGGGCAAGGGAGAAAUGGGAGAAGAGAAGGGGCAGCAGCAAAAACCCCAAGAGGGGAUAAAGGGGGAACAGCUGGAGAAGCAGAAAGAAAAGGUCAACGCAGGCCAGAGAAAUCAGCGAGCGAGCCACAGGUCGCUUUUCAACGUGCGGAAUUUGAGCAGUCCUUCUGUCUUCCUUCCUGCCAUUCUCGCCCUCCUGAUGGCUGUGCCUCUCGGCCUUGGGAGUGGGUUGAUUGGCUUCAUGCAUGGAGUGGUUUUGGGUCCACAGGAGGCCAUCACUUCUGCACUGUAUGGUGUUGCUGCUGGAGCACUGUACCCAUUUCAUUUGCUUGGGUUGCUCAGAGACCAAAAGCAUUCACAUCAAGAUUAG